AUGGGAUUAUUAAUCACUAAAUGCAAAGAGUGUUGUUUUUUCAUAAGAAGCAAGCCCUCUGCCUCAGUGUCUUCACAUUAAUUAGUAAAUUUAUCCAAUAAUCCUGCUGAAGAAACAUAAGGAAAAAUACAAGCAUAAUAGAUAAGUUUAUUCCAUCCCAAAUUUAGGUUUUGCACAAGAUAUUAGUCAUUCUAAUGAUUUAUCAUCAUGUUAAGUAGAUAAAAACGAGGAAAAAAAUGAGAAUGAUCUAACAUUGGAAACCAUUUCUAAUAAAUAAUUAUCAAUUGUAAGAUCACCUUCUACAAACUCAUCAAUGUAAAUAAAAGAAGAAGAUAAAUUUAUUUUAAAAAAGUAAAAUAAACAGAUUUCAGAUUGUACAAAUCAACUGCAAUAAUAAUAAUUACAAUCAAUAGAAAAUGGAAUUAUUACAUUUUCUAACAUAGAUUCUAUAAAAGUUGAUGAAUUAACUUUAUAUGUGUAAGAGACACUUGAAAAAUUUACUGAAUUAGUUGAUAUAAUAGAUGACAGUGAUACCUAUAUUUAGAAUAUCAAUAAUAUUGAAUUGUAUUUUUCUCAUUAUUUUAUGCAAAAUGUCAUGUUCAUUUAAAUUAAGUGUUUAUAUAAUAAUUAUAAUAUAGGUUUCAAUUUGAGUUGAAUACAGAAAUUAAUAAAUUUCUUAAAUGGUCUAAUGAAAACACUUUAUUUGAUUAUGAUUUAUUUGAAAACUAUUAAUUAAAGCAUAUCAAUGAAUAAAUGUCUAUUGGAUAAUUACAAUUAAACAAACAUUUGAUGAUUAAAAAACAAUUAAUUACAUACAUAAAAUAUAUAGAAUUGCUGAAUGAAGAUUAUUUCAUUGUUUAUAAAUCAAUUAGAUUUUAAGAUCAAUAAUAAUCUAAAAUGUAAAUUAUUUUAUAAUUUUAUUAGAACUUCAUAGUUUUAGGAAGGAUAAAUUAUGUUAGGAGGAUUGAGAAUAAGUUAAAAAGAUGGGAAAUUAAUAAUUAGAGGUUACUUAGAUGGUGAUUUUAAAAUAAAAACUGGAUUUAAUUUGACAAUAAAGACAUUAAGAGAAAAAGUUAUUGGAUGUAUUAAUAAAGUUAAGGAAUUAUUUAAUUGA